GUAUCGGUGGAGCGAUCAUCACCAUCAUCCGACUAGACAUAAUCCUAUUUCUUUUUGUUGUGUGUGUGUUUUUUUAUUUCAACGUUCCUAUUCCACUGUUGAACAUGCCGCUGCAAGAUGCCCAAAAGUGGCUGACAGUGGUGCUGGCAGUUUCGAUUGUGACCGUGGCUGCUCUGCCGACGACACCGACAACCACACCGGAACCGGAACCGGAUCACAGCCUGCAGUACGCAGGCACCGAACGAGCGGUUGGUGCGGUGCGUAAAUGCUCGGAAACGUCAACGCUGCUGUACGUGGAGACGGUAGUCGUGGUGAAGGACGACCUAACGAGCCUGAUCAAUGGAACAAUAGAGAUUUCGAUUGGCAAACCCGUCACGAUCGAGUGUGUGCGUAUCGUGGCCAAAACAGAACAUGAUCGAUCGACACUGCAGGGGUACCGGUUCGUCAGCCCGACAGUAAUCGAAGUUAGCGUUGCCGAACUUCCGCCGUCACAGUCAAAGGCGCUCGAGUACGCGGUGUACGUUUACGGGUCGAUCGGCCGGACAAAGAAAGCAUCUGGUUUAGCCCACUGAGCAUUUGUGGCGAUUUCAAACUUGCAAGAGCCUUAGAAAGCUGAACAAAUUAUUAUAUUUUUUUUUAGCCUAGACCAUUAUUGUUUUAAAUUGUUGCAAUUGAAAAUUGUAUUUAGACCUAUAUACACGCUACAUUGCGUUAAAGGAUCGUAUAAUUAAAUGCAUUUUGUCGUGCCAGCUUACUGAGGUCUUCGUAACAUAAAAAUAAAAACUGUGCUUGUUUAUUGACGCA